UAACCGGUUUUUUCUCAUAUAUGUUUUUUGUAGGUUAAUGAAUGGCAUCAUCGAGUACGAUCAAAAACUAACAUCACUUCCCAGAUUUUUAUUGAUUCGUCAGCAUUUACCUAAGAAAAGUUAUUGGAACAUAAUUUUAAUUUUUACUUUAAUUUUUUAUAUUGCAUUUACACUACAGAUAGUUUACUUAGUGCCACCGAAAACCAUAUUUCGUACAUGGCAGUGUUGUUUUCGGAUGGAGUUCGUUCUGGACGUUGCAGUAAUUUUUUCCUCUUAUUUUUUCCUACAACAAUUGGAGUAUAGAUUUCAAAUGUUGAAUGAUUCUUGGGAAUAUCUUCGACCCGGAUUUCCAGCUGUUCCUGAUGAUUUAACACAAUCCAUAACAGAAAUAACACUAGAUAACAUACGGUUGUUACACGCUGAACUAUCGGAUCUAUUAAGAAUAUUCAGUAUGGGUUACGGUAAAAUGCUAUUAGGAUUCUUUGUAUUCAACUACAUUAACAUGCUGGUUGGUUUUUAUUAUAAUAUUAUUCAUCCUAUGAACUAUAUAACAGAUGAGAAAUUCAAUUUUCACAAUUUUUUCACAAAUAGUCUACCAUACAUUUCAAGUCUACAAAAUAUUGUAUUCAUUUUAUCCAUUAUCGUUGCUGCUUCACGGGUACAUGACAAGGUAACAAUGAUA